AUGGCUUCAGACUUCGUCGGAUUUGAUGUUCUCGUGACGCUCAAAAACCCGCCAAAUGCGCGAAUCCAGGGAACAGUGGCUGCUGUUGUUGGACAGCGUCUGACACUUGAAAAUGUCACAUUGCUAUGGAAUGGUCAACGUUUGCCACGGUAUCACAUUGAGGGUACAGGCAUUGCAGACUUGGAAGUCAGCCAGGUGCCGCGGCCUACCUCAGCAACGAAUCAAUUCGAGAGUCAUCAGCAGAAACAUGCGACUUCUGCAAAUGGACUGUACGACAAGUCCUUUAACCAGUCAACUCCUGUUGAGACUACACCGAAAGCUGCGCCACAACCCUUCGUCGACCCUGCCAUACUGAGCUUCUCGAAGCCUCCACAGAAAACUACUGCUGCAGCUCCUGCAGAAUUGAGUGGACCUGAUCUGGGCUCCAUGUCACCCGUCGUACUCCCUGGGAAUGCAACAGCUGGCUCAUCUCGAACAAACCAAAUACCGUCCUUCCCUACGAGCGUUACUGCUACACAGACGAGAACUGUGCCCUCACAGAUCGAAAGACACGACUCAAAUGCAACCGCGAUAUUAACUGAGCCCUUCAACAAUCUAGGCCUGAAUGGCAAUAGUGGUGUAAGUGGGAAUCAGAAUGGGGAAGAGGAGCUUGCCCUCGACGGGUCUGUCCCCGAGGGAAGGAUAGGAGCAGCACCACUGGAAGCUCCACUGAAAUACACCGGCAAAAGAAGUCGUCGUGGUGGCCGUAACAAAUUAAAGGAAGGCCUGCCCGAGGAUGUCAAUGCGCCCGGUGCUACUUUGAACACGAACCCCAAAGCAAAAGGUUGGCGUCAGACAGCGUUUGUGGAACCAAUGUAUCCACAGGCAUCUCGAACGAGUGCACAAGAGAAGAUGGCCUCCAUGCACAGUAGCGGUAAGCGUCGCAAACAGCGGAACCUCAAAUCUUAUGCGGAAGACACGAACGGCUGGGCGACCGAAGACGCGACCGAUAUUCAGGAAAUGGGCGACUUUGACUUCCAGAGCAACCUGUCGAAAUUCGAUAAGAGACGGGUAUUCGACGAGAUCCGCAACGAUGAUACGACUGCUGACGAAGACCGCCUGGUGAGUUUCAAUAGGAAGGCUCGGCCAGGAACGAAUGGUGGCAAGAAUCUGCAUUAUACGGAAAAUGUGCUCGACAGCCCACCUGCCAAAUGGAACAGCGAAGCUGGAGAGACGGAGGAAGAAGUCAGCGAUGGGAAGUUCAGCAGUGGAAAUUACUCCGGACGAGAUCCAUCCAGAACGUCCACACGGCCGCAAUCUCGGAAAAGCAGCACCAUUUUGGGCCAGCCUUUAAUGCCACCCCAGAUUAAUUCUAUUGGGAGGACCCAAUUGACUUCAUCAAGGAACGCAAGUCCGCGGCCAAGCAAACAGUCAAUAUCAGCAUCUCCCAUGAAUGGGCCCAUCGGUGUUGCAAGUACUUCGUUGCGACUCACGACAACCAACAGGAGUUGCCCCACCGUGAGCCCGUUGCAGAUGCUGGAAGUUGAGCAAUUGGCUAUCGCCGAGCUUGGCCUGACGGAAGACAUGAUUACAGAGAAUGCUGGUCGUGGAAUUGCUGAAGCCGCUGUCGCUCAGUUAUCGAGCGAAUCCACUGCAUCUACAUUGCUCGUGCUUACAGGAAAUCACCGCACUGGCGCGAGGGCUGUUGCGGCAGCCCGUCACCUGCGAAACAGAGGACACCGCGUGACUCUUUGCUUGCUGGGUCUCGAGCAUGAGAAUGAACUUCUAGAAAAUUGUCGCAAGCAGCUUGAGAUCUUCAGAAAGAUAGGCGGUCGCGUGCUGAGGUGGGAAGAGCUAUCAGCAAGGCUGUCUACAUCUGAUUUCGCUCCAGAUUUGGUGGUAGAUGCUUUGCUCGGUAUGCACAUUGCGUUCGAAGAUCUGCGGAGUGACGAUCAAGCCGCAGCCUUUGAAAUGAUCGCAUGGAUUAAUAGGAGCGGUGUGGAUAUCCUGUCUGUGGAUGUUCCGUCAGGGAUUUCUGCUUCUAGUGGCGACGUUACCCAGGUGGAAGGUGCUCGGCUCUCUGUCAGCUCCAAGUCUGUUGUCUGCCUUGCAGCACCUAAGACUGGUAUACUGAACGCUUUGCUUGCUGGCGAAGGCCAAUCGUGGAAUAUCACUGUCGCGGACAUUGGAAUUAGUCAAGUGGUUUGGCGAAAGUAUGGUACUCGCCGUCGACAUGGGGUUGACUUCGGCAACCGCUGGGUUGUGCCAUUACGCUACCAACCUAGCGCUGCGAUUACCCAUUCAGAGUGGGCAUCUGAAGACUCAUACGGCGCGAGUGCUGGAGCCGGCGUGUCGAGAGCUAAGAGGGAUGGAGUCCACGCGUCGUUUAAACGUCUCCCCUACAACUUCUGUUCGCUAUCUCUUCAACCAUUCUCGCAUCCAGUCUGCACGCCAUCGGGAACAAUCUUCGACAUUACCAACAUUCUACCGUGGCUGAAAAAGCAUGGAACGAAUCCUGUGGAUGGCAGCCCGCUCAAGAGCUCAGAUCUCAUCAAGCUCCAUUUCGCAAAGAACGAGGCGGGCGAGUACGUUGACCCGGUGACCUACAAAGUCUUCACGGAUAAUACGCACAUCGUCGCUCUUCGUAAUACAGGAAAUGUGUUCGCGUGGGAUACGGUGGAGAAGCUAAACGUGAAGCCGAAAAUGUGGCGGGAUCUGGUAACGGAUGAAGAAUUCGGUAGGAAAGAUAUCAUCACAUUGCAGGAUCCGCAAAAUGUCCAGUCAAGAGAUCUCAGCUCUUUCAAAUACCUGAAGGAGGGUGAGACUUUCCUGACGGAAGAGCAAGAACGUGAGAGGAACGAUCCCACGAGCAAUGUCAAUGUCGGAGCACUGGGCAGCUCGGCCAAAAUCUUGAAAGCAAAGGAAGCAGUUGCGAGAGCUCGCGCAGAGAGGGCACAGCAGGCUGGCACUGCUGGUACUUCCAGCGCUUCUGGGAAAGGCGGUGUCGCAACUAAGUCAGUCACUCAGAGGACUUCGAUGCACCAGUCAGGGAAGCCCGUUCCAUAUAACGCUGCGAAACACACGACAGGUCUUGCAGCUGCGUCAUUUACAAGUACUGGUCUUACACCCCAUACGUCUGGAGAACUUGCUCUUCUCACUGAGGAGCAGUAUAUGCUCAAGCGCGGCAGAGUGAAGAUAAAGGGAUAUGCUCGUAUAUCCACCAAUGUCGGGGACCUCAAUCUGGAGUUGCACACAGAAUAUGCCCCUAAAGCAGUCUGGAACUUUCUCCAACUUGCCAAGAAAGGCUAUUACGACGGUGUGAUAUUUCAUAGAAAUAUUAAAGGUUUCAUGAUCCAGGGUGGUGAUCCCACUGGAACAGGCAGAGGAGGUGAAAGUAUCUGGGGUAAAAACUUUGCCGACGAAUUCGAGGGACCUCUGAAGCAUGAUGCUAGAGGAACAGUGAGUAUGGCGAACAAGGGAAAGAACACCAACAGUAGUCAAUUCUUCAUUGCCUAUCGUGCUCUUCCUCACUUAAAUAACAAGCAUACCAUAUUUGCUCGCCUGAUUGAUGACCCCUCUCCCUCGUCGACAACGCUAAAUGCCAUGGAGACACACCCAGUUGAUUCCUCAACCAAUAAACCCCAGCCUGAUAUUGUCAUCAAAGGAAUCACAAUCUUCGUCGAUCCCUUCGAGGAGUUCCUCAACCAGAAACGACAAGCUGAAGAAGCCGAAAAGGCAAAAGCUGCUGGCGAGGGUGAACCUGGAGAGACAUCGAGACAGGCAGAUGACGAACAAAUGACUUGGACGGGAAAGAGGAUAAGAGGAGCUGGAGAUGGCCGUGGCCCAGAAAGCAGCACAGGAGUAGGCAAGUAUUUGAAAGCGGCACUGGCGGACCGCGCUGCUCAAGACGAGGACGAAAUCGUGGAAUAUGUGGAUGACGAGCCGGAGCCGGAGCCCUCACGAAAGAAGAUGAAAUCUUCUGGCGGAUUUGGGAACUUUGAUAGUUGGUGA